UGGGCUCGGCUCCGCUCGGCUGCGCUCUGCGGCUGCACUCGCGCCAUGGCCGCCUACAGCAAGUAUCUCACCGCGCGCCACUCCGCCAUCGCCGGGGCUGCCGCCGCUGCCUGUGCGCUCCUCGGGGUGCUCGGCAAGCGGCGGGCGGCAGCGCAGCACGGUAAAAGAAGUGGAAAACAAGCAUUGCAGAAUAAUGAGCAGAAAGAGGGAAAGAAGGAGCGAGCAGUGGUGGACAGAGUGUUUAUUGCAAGAAUAUGUCGAAUCCUGAAAAUAAUGGUCCCUCGAACUCUUUGUAAAGAGACAGGUUAUUUGCUGCUUAUUGCUGUGAUGCUGGUAGUCCGCACCUAUUGUGAUAUUUGGAUGAUUCAAAAUGGAACAGUCAUUGAAAGUGCUAUCAUUGGGCGCAGCAGAAAAGAUUUCAAGAAAUACUUGUUCAACUUCAUCGCUGCAAUGCCUGCUAUCUCUUUAGUGAAUAGCUUCCUGAAGUAUGGUCUGAAUGAAUUGAAACUUUGCUUCCGAGUAAGACUUACCAGAUACCUCUAUGAGGAAUAUCUUAAAUCUUAUACGUACUACAAAAUGGGAAAUCUGGACAACAGAAUAGCUAAUCCAGAUCAGCUCCUUACACAGGAUGUGGAAAAGUUCUGUAACAGUGUAGUGGACCUGUAUUCAAACCUGAGCAAGCCUUUCUUGGAUAUAGUUUUGUAUAUCUUCAAGCUAACAAGUGCAAUAGGAGCUCAGGGUCCAGCUAGCAUGAUGGCUUACUUGAUUAUUUCGGGGUUCUUCCUUACCCGGUUAAGACGACCGAUUGGCAAGAUGACUGUUAUAGAGCAGAAAUAUGAAGGGGAGUACAGAUACGUCAACUCGCGGCUUAUUACAAACAGUGAAGAAAUUGCUUUUUAUAAUGGAAACUUGAGAGAAAAACAGACUAUUCACAAAACCUUCCGUAAACUGGUGGAACACUUGCAUAAUUUCAUCCUGUUCAGGUUCUCAAUGGGUUUCAUUGAUACCAUCAUUGCCAAAUACCUUGCCACUGUGGUUGGUUACCUGGUUGUUAGUCGCCCGUUUCUGAACCUGGCUGAUCCUCGUCACCAGAACAGUACUCAUGCAGAACUUUUGGAGGAUUACUACCAAAGUGGACGAAUGUUACUGAGAAUGUCUCAAGCCUUGGGCAGAAUAGUCCUAGCAGGCCGUGAAAUGACAAGAUUGGCUGGUUUCACAGCUCGAAUUACAGAAUUAAUGCAGGUUCUGAAGGACUUAAAUGGUGGCAAAUAUCAGCGUACCAUGGUAGCACAGGAAAAAGAUACAGAUAAAAAGCCAGCUUUGCCUUUGAUACCUGGAUCUGGAGAAAUUAUCAACACCGAUAACCUUAUCAAGUUUGAUCAUGUUCCGUUGGUGACACCUAAUGGAGAUGUUUUGAUUCAAGACCUUAACUUUGAGGUUCGAUCUGGUGCAAAUGUGUUGAUUUGUGGACCAAAUGGAUGUGGGAAGAGCUCACUGUUCCGUGUUCUUGGUGAGUUGUGGCCUUUGUUUGGUGGGCGUUUAACAAAGCCUGUAAGAGGAAAGUUGUUCUAUGUUCCCCAGAGACCAUAUAUGACUCUUGGAACACUCAGAGAUCAAGUUAUAUAUCCAGAUACUUUAGAAGAUCAGAGAAAGAAAGGUAUUUCUGACCAGGUGCUGAAGGAGUAUUUGGAUAAUGUCCAGCUGGGUCACAUCUUGGAACGUGAAGGAGGCUGGGAUAUUGUUCAGGAUUGGAUGGAUGUACUCAGCGGGGGAGAGAAGCAGAGGAUGGCAAUGGCAAGGUUAUUCUAUCAUAAGCCCCAGUUUGCAAUUCUGGAUGAAUGCACCAGUGCUGUUAGUGUUGAUGUAGAAGGCUACAUUUACAGCCACUGCCGGAAGGUUGGCAUCACUCUCUUCACUGUCUCCCACAGAAAGUCACUCUGGAAACAUCAUGAUUUUUACUUGCAUAUGGAUGGCAGAGGAAACUACGAGUUCAAGAAAAUAACUGAAGACACUGUUGAAUUUGGAUCUUAAAGUCAUGAACUGAGCUGCUACAGAGACUGAUUACAGGAAGUGUGUAGUGUGGCAGACAUUGUACAAUACAGCUACUCAGCUUGUUUUCUAAACAAAUUAACUAGGGUAACCCAAAACAAGCUGUUAAGCAUUUACUAUUAUGUAGGAUAUUGCUAAUUGUGUAUAUGUUGGUUUAAUUAUUGAUAUGUACUAAGAAUGUCCUUAUUCUUGUGGUUUAAAAACCUGCCUAAAUUAAAUUGGGCUUAAAUCAGUGUAACCUGAUUCAUCCUGGGAUGCAAACCAUUUGAAAUCAACUGAUUUGACUUUUGUAGACCUUCUUUCCCUUGAGUGAAAAACCCUGUUAAAAUUAGGGUUGCUACCUCUCCUGUUCCUGCAAAGCAGUCUUGCAUUUUUGCUCUGUUCUAUGCACAUUUCUGAGUUAUCUCACACAGUGCAGGACAUUCUCCCAUCUUCAGAUCUGUGCCCAGUUAAAUGAAAGAGCCUUUUCCUUGACCAAGCCUUAUGAUGUAGCCAAUAUGCCCUUGCUGAUAAAGGAUGGACUGAACCUAAAAGACAAAACUAAUUCCUUCUGGUAAAAAACUUGUUCUUUGCUGAGUUUUGAAUUCUCUUUAACAUCUCCUUGUCCAUGCAGUUCUCUCUGCUGCUCAGCAAUCCCAUUCUCAAUUUAGCAAGAGCUUCAUCCAUCUCCCACCCCAGCAGCCCUUUCUGUGUCAGGGAAAUACUUUGGUAAUGAAGAGUUGAGAGGAGGUUGAGAGACAAAAGAAAUAACCAGGGGGGAAAAAGAAAGAGAAGUCAUGUAUCUUGUAUCAAUCUCAUGCAUAUUUUCAGCUCAGAAGAAAUGAAUGGCUCCACAAGUAGAAACAGAGAAGAGAAUGUGGGUCCAGUCACUCUUCUCUUGAAAUCAGAAAGGGACUCCAGAAUGUUAAUCUGUGAAAUAGCAGACUCUUGUCUGUCCUUUGUUUGUUCAGUUCUGUAAUACAGCAGUUGCUUUUUCCAAAUUCCUAUUUCCCUCUUAAAAAAAAUGAGAUCUCAUCAUGGGUUUAGCUGCCUUUCAGAUCUGAGUUUGAAACUAAGUGAUAAUGGCACUGGUUUGGUCUUGUAGGCUGUAAAGCCUACAAUGAUGCUUUCAUCCUUCAUCUUUAUCCUCUUACUUGUCAUGAGGUUUCUUGAUUUCUGACACAAAUGGUUCACCAGUGAUUCUCCCUGUUAAGGAUCUCUAGUUCCUGCUGGUUUUCUUGUUCCAGCUGCCAAAUCCCCUUGCAGAAACCCAACUCUUUAAAUAGUUUACUGCAACUGUUCUCUCUGUACAAAUUAUUUUGUAGUUGCCAUGUGACUUUGACAAACAUAAAUGCAGCAGGGUCAUUUUUUUUUGUGUGUGUGAUCAGGGAAGAGGAAGGUGUAACUCAAACUGAAUCACUCAUUAGGCUUUAAAGCACAAAUUACCAAUACCUGUUGUACAGUGAAGGUCUAGUCGUUUUUUAGUGUUCCAUGUAAGAUACAAUGUAGGAAUGCACUACAUGAAGGCAUGCAUAAAAUACACAAUAAAUCUGUUCUCUGUGCAUCUUUUAUCAAGGGUUUAGAUUAAAAACAAACCCAGUUUUUUAUAGAAUGGGUAUGUAUUUGGAUGCACUUCUGUCUGUUAAUUUUUACCAGGUUUGAUCAGUCAUCAUCUUUCAUGUUGAAAUCACUACCUGUUAAUACUUUUUCUUUUAUCCUAGUCCUUGCCCAUUCUUGUUACUGCUAUUAUUCUUUCAUAGUACUCAAAUGCAAACAGCUACACUGGUAUAAGAAUCUAGUGACCGCAUUAGAUUCAUAGUGUAAUGCAUCAACGAAAAUCAAAAAAGCCUUUCUGAGGUGUAAUGUAUUAAGAGAGUAAGGUACCUGAGUAAAUUUUCAUGCUUGAUCCACAAGAAGGCAAAUAGAUAUCUCAUUUUACUAAUUUUCUUUCUAUUCCUUCAGAUUCUCGCAUCAGCCAUAACGUAGCAGGUAGCAGGAUGCUGUAGUCUUACGGUAACGGUAACCAUGACGGUAGGGAUGCCGGACAGUUUGUUGUGUGGGGUUUUGGGGGCUUGGUUUUGUUCUUUUUUGUGAAAGUUCUCAGCACAAAUGCAACUUCUCUUGGAAGGGAUCUUUUAGUAACCUUUUUAGAGAUACAAGUUAAAAAUCUCUGAAGUGAGAAAGCUGCUGUUAUCUUUGUGACUAGGGCAGGCUUUGCAAUGGAGUAGUGAACUUGGGAUAAUUUAAUGUAUUUUAAGACUGGCAAGCAGACCCCCGCACAGCACACUUCCAUAGCACCCCAGCAGCCAAUCCCAAGGUACUUUACAUUUCAAUUGGUUAAUAACAGAAUUGUGUGUGAUCUCGGAUUAAUUUCGAAUACUAAAAGCAACUUAAAAAUCUAGCUCCAUAAGCAAGGAGGAAUAGGUUUACCUUUAGAUGCCAUGAAGUUCACUGGAACUGAGGAUGCCAAUAUCUCCAUAGGGCCAGGACUAAGUGUUUCUGAAAAUACUGGAAGGAAAGAAAAACAUUCUUCUGUGCUUGAUUGUAAGAGAGGCUUAUAAUGAAAGUAUAAACAAGAAUGAUGUUUUAGAAUGAUAUUCUUAAAAGGCCUUAAAUUAAAGUGUUUUGAGAUAGACUUGAACUAAUGGAAGAUUGUAACGAAUCUAAUGACAAUGCUCCAAGUCUCAGUUCUGUUGCAGAAUUGCACUGUGAUACUGUAUUUUAGCUGUUAUGUCUUUUUAAUAGCACAAGAUGGAAGUUUGUACAUGGGAAUUGUGAACUAGUGAGACAAAGUAUUGAUGAGGAUUUCCAGUCUGAAAUGGUUGGUGUUUUGAAGAUGGUACUGGUAACAGUCAGAUGGCUGCAUUUCAACAGUGGUGGGAAACAUUCCUGUAUGUAUAUACUGUAAAGUGUUUUGGAGGGGGAAACGGCGCUAUAUAAAUGUAAGACAUUAAGUGCCUCAAAAAAUAAUAAAUCUAAAGAUAAACUAUA